CAUAAAUCCUACAAACCAAUGGGAUCGAAACUUAGAAGACGAUCAGAAUGACGCACAUGUGUGAAGAGAACGUAUGAUUAAUAUUCGGUGGCGGUCUCAGAUGUUUCCAUGCUUCCAAUUGGUCGACACAAAUUGAAGUGGACCAAUCAUAGAAGGCGUUAACAGUAACUGUGAUAUUUUGAACAACGUCAACUUCAGUUGCUCUGGUGAAACGAAUGGGUAUCACGGCGACGUCUUAGUGGCAUAAGAAUUUCAUAAAUGAAAAAUACCAUUGCACCAGAGCAUAUUGGAUAAUAAUUAAUACCGGCAGGGAGAGAACAGAUCUUUUAAUUUGGUUAAUGAAAAUGGCACCAUCAAAAAUUUUAAAUGCACAAAAUAAACAAAGCAAUAUUAAUAUAACAAAUGCAAGAAAAAGAGUAACAAGAAGUCAAAAUUCUAAAACAAAUAAUGUUUUAAUUAAACCACCUGUUCUUGGAAAAGAUCCCUGUGUUAAAAGAAAAGCGGAAGCAUCUCCACCAAAAGAAAAAACUACAAAAAGAUCUGCAUUAGGGAACAUCACUAAUGCUAUUGGCAAGACAUUGGGAACACAUCAACAGGAACCAAAGAAAGUAGUUAAAAAAGCUACUGCUACUCAAGCAAAAUCUUUCACUCAGACAAGUUCUAUCAGAACGCUUGAAAAAGCUAUAACUAAACCUGAAAUAAUACCUCCAAAACCAAAGCCAGUGCUUCAUCCGAAACCAGUGAAGAAAGAUGAGGAGAAAACUGAAGUAGCUAGUACAAUUGUAAAUGUUAGACAUAGUUUAGAUUUAGAAAAAUCAGAAGACAAUUCUUUAUAUGUAAGUGCAUUAGAGGACGUGGGAGAUGACACUUCUAAGAAAUCAAGGAGAAGCAAUAUUCAGCAACCUGAAAUAACAGAAAUCUCUGAAAAAGAAAAUGAAAGUGAAACAAGUACAUCUGAAGUAUCUUCAAAAACUGAAGAAAAAACUAUAGCAGCAUGUUUAGAUGCUGUGCCUGAAAGAGUAUUACCUGAAGGAGUUCAAUGGGAUUUUGAUGCAGAGAAUUGGUUAGACCCAUUUCAGGUUUCUCACUAUGCCAUGGAUAUCUUUAAUUACUUAAAAGAUAGAGAACGUUUAUUUCCCAUUGGAGAUUAUAUGGAUAGACAAAUAUGUCUCUCACGAUGGAUGAGAGCAUUAUUAAUUGACUGGAUGGUAGAAGUUCAAGAAUCAUUUGAACUGAACCAUGAAACUUUGUAUUUGGCUGUGAAAUUAGUUGAUUUGUAUCUAACAAAAAUAACGGUUGGUAAAGAAACAUUACAAUUGUUAGGUGCUGCAAGUCUUUUCAUAGCAAGUAAAUAUGAUGAAAGAAUACCUCCAAUGGUCGAAGACUUUUUGUAUAUAUGUGACGGUGCUUACACACAAAGAGAAUUAAUUAGAAUGGAAAUGAGUGUUUUGAAAGUAAUCGAUUUUGAUCUUGGUAUACCUCUUUCGUAUAGGUUUUUAAGACGAUACGCUAGGUGUGCAAAGGUAUCGAUGCCAACUUUAACUUUAGCCCGAUAUAUUUUGGAAUAUUCCCUGAUGGAUUAUUCAACAAUAAUGUUUAGUGAUAGUAAAAUCGCUGCAGCUGCGCUCCUAGUUGCGUUACAAAUGAAAGAUCUAGGAGGAUGGACUGCGACUUUAGAAUAUUAUAGUGGGUAUAAAGUUGAAGACAUAAAAGACAUUGCCAACCUCUUGAACCAAGGGUUACAUCGGAAACAUAAGGAAGCAUUAACAACGGUCCGCAACAAAUAUAGUCACAAGAUAUUCUUUGAAGUAGCGAAGCUGCCAUUAAAAGAUACCUUAGAUAUAUAAGUAGUUUAAAAAGUAAAAAUGUAGGUAAUAAAAGCCAAGAUUGACAAUAA